AUGUCCGAAUCUGGGAUCGUUACGCAUGGUCUCGCGUACUUGGAGACCAAGGCCGGUACCGCUGAUGUGAGCCCAUAUGUGGUGCCUGCUCGUGCCACCCAUCUCUCUAACCUACCUAUGGCCUACAUUGAUGUCGGCUCUGGGGAGUCAUUCCAGGAUGAGGACAUCGCAUAUGCCACGGGAUUCGCGAUAAGGCAACGGACAGUCGCUCGGCGACAUUAG